UUUCCUGUGCUUGUUUUUUCUCUUUGUUUUGUGACUUCCUUUACUGUCAGUCACACGCAUCUGUCAAGUUAAUAAAAUGGAUGUAGUCUAUGAAAAUUCUGAAUACAUGCGUUCAACAACUGCUUCAAAUCACAAGUGCUCCAAAUACAAAGAUCAGAAGACCCUCAAGAAAGAAGUUACUGUAGUCCAUAAAUGGAUUACGGUUCUUUUGAUAGCACUCGGUGUCUGUCUGGUCUUUGCUGUCGGAGGCGUUUGUACUUUGGCAGUACUUAUUGAACAUGCUACACACUCCAAUGUGUCUGAUGAGGAACACAAUGCAACAGAUUACAAAGCACAGUUCCAGGCGCUCCGUAACCAGCAUGAGGAGACACUUAGAAAGCUGAACAGAUUAAAUUACAGCACAGGUUGUGCACUUUGUGCCGUCCACUUUAUUCAUUCUGGAGGAAAGUGUUACUACUUCUCUACGGUCAAGAUGAACUGGACACAGAGUCGAGAUUACUGUGUGACUCUAGGAGCACAUCUAGUGAUCAUAAACAGCAAAGCAGAGCAGGAUUUUGUUACCUCUAAAGUUAAAGUAACCCACUGGAUUGGUCUUAAUGAUUUGGACACUGAGGGACACUGGGUUUGGGUGAACAACCAGCCAGUUAACGAUUCAGUAGAGUUCUGGAUUAAGCGAGAGAAUGGAAACAGAGAACCUGACAACUGGACUGAAGGCCAUCCAGAUGGUGAAGACUGUGCUGGUCUGGGACAUCAAGGCGGAGAGACAGAUUUCUGGUCAGAUGCUUCCUGUUUUCUAGAGAAAAGAUUUGUGUGUGAAGCUGCUGCAGCGGUUUAA